GACACAGGAAAAAAUUCCACAGUGACUCAAUUUAUCCUUGCUGGACUAACAGAUUGGCCAGUGCUCCAGAUUCCUCUUUUACUACUAUUCUUGAGCAUCUCUGUGGUCACUGUUGUGGGGAACCUGGGCAUGAUAACACUGAUUGGCAUCAAUUCUCACCUCCACACUCCCAUAUACUAUUUACUCAGAAGCUUGUCUUUCAUUGAUCUCUGUCAUUCUACAGUGAUCAUCCCCAAAAUGUUAGUGAAUUUUGUGUCAGAGAAGAGUGUCAUCUCCUACAAUGAGUGCAUGACUCAGCUCUAUUUCUUCCUCAUUUUUGUAAUUGCUGAGUGUCAUAUGUUGGCAGCUAUGGCAUAUGACCAUUAUGUUGCCAUCUGUAGGCCCCUGCUAUAUGAUGUCAUUAUGUCCCAUCAGGUUUGUCUUUGGUUGGUAGGUGGUGUAUACAUGAUGGGCUUAGUUGGCGCCACAGCUCACACAAGCUGCAUGCUUAGAGUUGUUUUCUGCAAAGAAAAUGUCAUCAACCAUUACUUAUGUGAUCUCAAUCCCCUCCUUGAGCUCUCUUGCUCCAGCACCUAUGUUAAUGAAGUGAUGGUUGUUUGCCUCAGUGCAUUUAAUAUCCUUACUCCAAUUCUGACCAUUCUUAGCUCUUACAUCUUCAUUACUGCCAGCAUUCUCUGCAUUCGCUCCACUAAAGGGAGGUCCAAGGCUUUCAGCACCUGCAGCUCCCACAUGGCAGCAGUUGGUGUCUUCUUUGGUUCUGGUGCAUUCAUGUACCUACAACCCUCUUCAGUCAGCUCCAUGGAACAAGGCAAAGUGUCCUCUGUGUUUUACUCAAUCCUUGUCCCUAUGUUGAACCCUCUGAUCUGCAGCCUGAGGAAUAAGGAUGUCAAAGUUGCCAUGAAGAAAUUCAUGGAGAGGAGAACUUUCUGGUGA